AUGCCACGCAGAUUCAACGUCCGAUUCGCCCCGACCACCCAGGUGUCUGUCCAAAAACCCGUCGCCUGUAACCAGUGUCAAUAUUCCGAGAUAGGCACUUCACCCCAGAGAAGUCGUUCCGGCUGCAAGAACUGCAAGAAACGACGGGUCAAAUGCGACGAGACCUUCCCCGUUUGUCUCCGAUGCCAGAAACGAGGCACGGUGUGCGAGUCGGAAAGCUCCUUGCCACAAUGGCAGUUGGAGAUUUCUCCGCUGAUUUUGUCCGACAUCACCUCGCCUUUACAAGUGCGUCUACUGAGGCACUGGUGUGAGAAAGCUAGCCAGAUCAUGGUUUUGGAUCCAGAAUCCAACCCUUUCUCGUUCCCAAUCCUUGAAUAUCUCCACAUUUCCCCCUCUCUCAUGCCAACUAUUCUGAGCAUCAGUGCUGCCCAUGAGCAGUUUUUCAAAAAGGAUUGCCUUGAGACGUGUCUUGAGGAGCGAGGUAAAGCGCUGUUACUUUUGCAAAAGGAGCUGGGUGGACGCCAACAGCCACAUCCGAUUACGUUUAUGAGUGUCUUCAUGCUUGGAAUUAGCACUCCUUGGAUCGAUCCCUCGUCUUCCCAAUUCGGGUAUGAGCACCUCAAUGGAGCAAGGGCGUUGAUUGAGCUGAUUCUAAAUCCAUCUACAAAUACCGACGGCAAAUUCGCACAGUUGGCUCUUGGUACAUAUUUAUACUGGGAUAUGGCGUGCUCAUUCCUUUUGGAACCAAAUCAACAGUUCACAGUCAGCUCAUCGAUUCCGAAAGCAGUGGCAAAGAUUGCAGGGGACUUUCACCCGAUUAUGGGCUACUCGGCUGAGAUCAUGUAUACUCUAGCAAAUCUAGGGCGAUACUGCAGGUCAUUCAUUGAUCUCGGCAUCAGAGACAAAGCGCUAGAGGAAGAAUUCGAAACACGGUUGCUGGCGUGGCGACCAACUACCAAAAAUAAAGAACUCAUUCUGUUGGGUAGUUCUUUCCGAAACCACGGCCUGAUCAAUCUGUACCGAAUCUGCGGACGAACAGGUUGUCGAACUGGAGAAGAUUCAGACAUGGGUAAUUACUCACCUGUCGAGAACACUGAAACAGAGAAGAUCAUCAGGCAAUACGCUCUACAGACAGUCAGAGACUUGAGCCUCAUCCCCACCCAUAACUGGCAUACCAAUAUGCAGGCAAUUUCUCUUCUUACUGCAGGAUCAGAGCUCACGGCAGAUGAUCACCGGGAGCGUGAUAUGGUGGUUGACCGUUUUACUGCUUUGUAUUCAAUCAACCGCUUACCGGGUAACUUGAUGGCGAUUGACAUUCUGCAAGAUGUUUGGCAAGCCCGUGAUUUUGAAAUUACCAUCUCAUGGGUACACAUCAUGCUCCUACGAGGAUGGAGGUUAAGCCUUGGUUGA